GUCACGGCUCCAUCGCAUCGAACCGUCUACGCUCACUGUGAGAGCGUGCAUAUUCCGACUCGUUGCUAUUUCAUUCCAAAACCAUCUCCUACAGUCACCGCAAAGAACCUCUUGACAGUUGUAACCACAAGUUCUGGAAGUUGAUCUGCAUGCCUUCCCGUCAACCAACCUGACCGUAGUCGUGGUAAUCUAAUGAACGCCGCUCAGUAGCGACCUGGUCCUCUCUCCAACGUAUGGGGAGCUCGGUUACACAGAAGGUACUUGGUGAGGAAACUCGGGGACUCCUUGGAGAAUCUUGGGGAUUUCCUGACUCACAGGAAUUGCCCCCGAACAACGUUGGGAGCUCGCUUGGGAGGUCAAAGAAAGCUCACUACCAAAGCUGUCAAGGAAUGGGCGGUCAGUCGAGCAUGCAUCAUUUUUCGCCACGAGGACUUCUAUGGUCGUUGAACCUCUCAUAUCAAGUCUAUUAUUACUGCGUCCUUCAACGCCCGAGAUCUAUUCAAAUUCCUGCAUCAUUAUAUCCCACAGAACUGAAAAACUGGUCGAGAAAGGUCGAGCCAAUAUGGAAGCAUUGAGCAUUAAACUGGUUGCAUCGCUGGAGUCAGCCGAAGGCUUCUCUCUCAUCCAGUUUCUGCAGCAGGCAAAGAUGUAGCCGAUGUGGCGCUCCAGAUCAAGCUCCAGGUCUUUAGUCAAAUUUGGAUGAGUGGGGCCGUCGUAUGUAAUUUACUUGUCGCAGGAUCCACGACAAUGGAUGGUGAGCUCUGACCUGUCUGCGUUGUCUGAUCCUCUGAUCCGUAGAAACCGCACGGUGACCUUCGUCUUUAUUACGCUGGUUAACUUUGCCAUACGUUUAUAUGACCUUUAUUUUCAAGUGACGGAACCCUGUCCAAAAUAUAAAUCCAAUGCGCUCUUCCCGAGUCGAAACGGAAGGCGAAACGGAGCCGAUGUCAGCCUGACGAACUGGAGUAAUAUUCGUGGCCCGGGAACGCUACCCACGAGGAUGACAACGCCUUUGAAUCAUCUGUUUUCUCUUCCUACUUGUGGUAAACAAACAAACGAGACCCGUGCAGCUCGAAUACUCAGUUCCAGGUGUCCAAUAGGGCGUCUCACAAUUUCCAGGGAAACUCAGAGUAGGCUGGAUGUGUAAUCAUAACUGUUGCUAUUUGACCUUUCUUUACUUCUUAUACCGUGUUUGAGUAAGUAUUCACUUGGUAUUGUAUGAUUC